AUGUCAACCAAAAUUUGGCCACAACCCAGCCUUACCGGACAAGUUGGAGGAAAAAUUCGCAUUGCUAAUGAUACCGAUCAAGCACAAACUCUCAAACGCCAUGAGCACUUCUGUCAAGUAAGACGUGUCCAAACUAUCACAGAUACAGAUAAUCUUGCUUACCCACCGGCCAAACCAGUUUUGUCUGCAGUUUUGAAAGACACUACCUUUUUCUCUGAUAUAGUCAAAUUAGAUCCAGAUCAUAUUCUACCACAGUCUGUUCGUAAAGAUUUCCAAUCGGUAAUGCAAGAGUUCGAUUCUGUUUUUGAUCCUACAAUAACAGGCUAUAAUGGAUCCGUUGGUCCCUUUCAAGCCAUCGUCAAUAUGGGAUCUGUGGAACCCCCACAACGAAAAGGUAGAAUCCCCCAGUACUCAAAAGAUAAACUACAAGAGUUGCAAGAUAUUUUCGACCAACUGGAAUCAGUAGGAGUAUUCCGUAAACCCGAGGAUUUGAACCUUACAGUCGAUAUGAGUUCCAGACCAAAACGAAACACAGAUCCUCUACGAUAUUGGACAUCAGAGAAAAUACGCUUUGAACUUUCUAAGCUAGGAAUUUUGGUUCUGAAUUCAUUUUCAAGGGCUGAAAUGAAGCAGUUGUUAGAAGCAAACUUGGAUUUAGAGGAGAUGUCUACUGGCUCCAGUUCUGUAGCAGUGUCUAUACCUUUAUCAGUUCCAACGACAACUUUGACUGAUUUAUCCAAUUUUUCUGCUCAAGCAUCAGCGACUACUCACUUGGCAAUUUCAUCUGUUCCGGCAACAGAUUUGACAAUCUUACCAACAGUACAAUCGGCAGUGAUUUCAACUUCCAUAAUACAGACAGAGCCUAUACCAGUUACAGCUUUGACCUUUGCCACUACAUCCAUUCAACCAACUAUAGCCUGCCAGCGUCCCAGAGAUACUACUACUACUAGAUACGUGUACUCCAGUGUCCGACCGUCUGUAGUUUAUCAAACUGUGCCUAAUGAUGUUAGACAUUUGAAUUCAGGGAUUCAAACGUCAACUUCAGUUCAUAACUUAUCUUCGUUUUCUGAUAAUUUGUAUAGUAGUCCAUUGUUAUCACUGAAUGUUGACUCAAAUUCUUUAGUGUCUUAUCACAGCAGUGUUGGCCUUAGGCAUAUUCCUGCACAAGAACAACAUAGUUCUCUACUUAACUCUAUGGCAGUUACGAAUCAUUCAUUGUCCUCAGCGCCACUGCAAUCUAAUGUUGUGUUUUCACAACCUAACAUACCAGUAAACUAUCAGUAUAACCCGAAUCAGAGUCAAGUCAAUUUAAUGCAUGGGUCAAGCAGCUAUCCAGGUCAAAUUCCUGUUAGUCAUGUUGAUACAGGUCAAGGUUAUCAAGGUUUAGCUCAUGUUUUACAGUCUGUACAGUCUUCUGGUAUGCCUCUAGAAAUCAACCCACAAUUACAGGACUCAGAAGCUCAGAUUCAUUUUGAAUGUAAAAAUUUAAAAUCUGCUCGUGACUUUCCUGCCAUUGUUGAUGAACUAAUUCUAGUCGAAGUUGACAGGGGUUAUGUUAAAGGACCUUACACUGUGUUGCCUUUUUCCCAGAUUAGAGCUGUAAAAAAAAUGCAGAACAAUGUUGUCAAACCUCGUUUACCCAUAACUUAUGACAUCCUUGUACAUAUUGUUGCAGCUCUCAGAGCAGGUUACUUUGAUUCCUAUACUGAUUUGUUGUUAGAAGCUAUGUUCACUGUUGCCUUUUAUGGGUUUUUAAGGAUUGGAGCUGCUACAUCUUCAGCUAAGUCUUGCAUGCCAGAUCAUAUGAUUAAGUUUUUAGGACGGUGGUCCUCCAAUUGUUACACAAGAUAUAUCAGACCUGAUUUAGAUAUGAUUUUGCCAGUCGUAAUGCCACAGAAUUGUCAAAUUUGCAAUUUUAUAUCCCGCACAGAAGAUUCCGUUGUACGUGCUACCACCGUACAGGAUAUUAUCUCUGGCACCUGUCCUGUUCCGUUUGCAAGCCGUUCAGCAUGGAUCCAAACUCAAUCCGAAUGCCCAGAUCUGCGUCGUACACACGCCCACCUUAAACAGGGAACACGACCAUCUAAGAAGUUGACUAAUAUUCCCGAUGUCAAACAAUAUCUUCGUAGUGUCACCAUAUCCAGAGAUGGUCUCCUCGUUGUGAAAAACUUUGAACCAUUUUGCCCUACAUCUGAGUUAAUGGUAGUUCCUAGACCCGUUUUAAGUGGACUUUUAACAGCAAUGCAUAUCAAGUGUAAUCACCCUUCAAAGCAUCAAUUAAAACUCGUUGUGAAACGCCGUUUCUACGCCCUGGAUCUCGAAAAAUCUAUUAGUGUGUGUUCGUCACUUAAGAAACUUCCACAGCCAGUAGCUGAACAGUCCACACAACCUUCACCACAAUCUAUUGGAAUCUCAUUUGCUGCUGAUGUAUUGAAACGUUGCAAGCAACUCAUUUUCCUUCUACGUGAAACAGCCUCUACCUAUACUGUAUGUUGCCUCAUAGACGAUGAACGUUCUACAACGUUGCGUAAUGCUCUGGCUCGACUUUGUCUUGAAAUGCGCCCAAUUACUGGUCCUCCUGUAGUUGUUCGUGUGGAUCCAGCGCCUGGUUUCGUAGCUCUUCGUGAAGAUUCUGCUUUGCUUCAACUCGGAAUUACUUUAGACAUGGGUCGAAUAAAUAAUCCUAAUAAGAAUCCGGUCCCAGAGAAAGCUAUUGCUGAAUUGAUAGAUACAAAAUGGCGGAUUUCACUUAUUACCAAACGUCACCAUUUUUUAUUAGCCGAAUUUCCUUAUAAUCCCAAGCGGUAA